CUCCUUUACCUCGUUAACUCCAUCAGAUUCCGCCAUCAUGACGCUUGAAGCUACUAUGAUCAUUGUCGACAACAGCGAAAGCAGUCGCAAUGGAGACUACACAACAACCCGGUGGCAAUCUCAAGUCGAUGCCGUUAGCAUCAUCCACAAUGCAAAGAUGCGUGUAAACGCCCAGUCAGCUGUCGGCCUCAUGAGCAUGGGCGGCAAGGGCCCCGAGGUUCUAUCAACCUUCACACCUGAGUUUGGCGCAAUUCUCGCUGGUCUGCACCAAACAAAGAUUCACGGCACAGCUCACCUCAGCUCGACCAUCCAGGUUGCAGCGUUGGCACUCAAGCACCGUAUGGAAAAAUCCCAGCGUCAACGCAUCAUCGUAUUCUCCUGCUCGCCCAUCGAAGAAGAUGAGAAGACUCUCGUGAAGCUCGCAAAGAAGAUGAAGAAGAACAACGUGUCGAUCGAUGUGGUAGCUUUCGGAGAUUUGGAAUCCGACCAGACCAAGAAGCUCGAGGCUUUUGUUGAGAAUGUCAAGAGCGGCGAUGGAUCCCACCUCGCCAUCAUCCCGCCGGGACCCCAUCUUCUCAGCGAUCAGCUGCAGCUGACCCCGAUCCUGGCUGGCGAGGAUGCCGAGGUCGGCGGAGGUGGCGGCGAGGGCGAGGCUGGUGGAUUUGGAUUCGAUGAUGCCGCCGAGAACGACCCCGAGCUGGCAUUCGCCCUGCGGUUAUCGAUGGAGGACGAGAAGAAUCGACAGGAGAAGGAGAAGCGCGAUCGGGAAGAACAGGAAGGCAAGACGCAACUGGGCAAUAUCCCCGAGGAGGGCCACGGCGAGUCCAGCGGUGACAAUAAGAAGGACGAGGACAAGAUGGACACCGCGUAAGGCCCG